AUGAUAUUUGGAACCCCAGUGGGUCGAAAGCAAUGCGGCGACACGGGUUGGUUCUGUAUAAAGACCACCACUGGUCUGAUCUACUACGCGCACCUUAAGACGAAAAGGACUUCAAUAGAAAAGCCGCCUGAAGUACUGAGAUGGGAAUCGGAAAAAAAGGCUGAAGGCCUCAAGGUGGACGAUCAAAAACCGGAUGACUCCGAACCCGAUGCAUCGAAGAUCCAUAAACUGAGCAGAGAUGCAUGCAUUUCUAUAGCUAUUAACUCAAUCAAGGAGAACGAUGUUACACCUACAAUGCCGUACGAUCAAGUGGAGAAGAUGUUGAAGUUGGACGCGAAGUUCCUGGCAAUCGCAGACGAGGAUCGACAAGAGAUGUAUGAAGUAGCACGGGGUUUGGAUGACUUUCGGGCCGAGUUGGAGAAAAUCGAUAUUCAACCAGUGCACACGGUGGACGAGAUUUUGGGAGUGUAUUUCAAAGACCCAAAAUGGGAGAGAGUAAUAGGGACCGAAGGGGCGAAGGUAGCGGUGCUAGAUUCCAUCGAAGUCGCCGAGAGAAAAUUGGCCCGAAAGUUCCAGAUGUGGUUACCGGAGUUUGCCGAGUUGGUCAAGAGGCACUUCAAGUCUUAUCUGGUAGGAAAAAAACCCUGGGACAAUCCCACCUGGGAUGACGAUGAGCGGAUAAGUGCGCUGCUUGACGACGACGACUUUGUCGUGGAGUUUGCGACCGACAAGAAGCUCCAAGAAGUCAAAUCCUACAUUCAACAGAACUUGGCUGACAGAGCCUGUCAGCUGAGCGACAUCAACCUACUCCAUUUACCCCUGGAAAAGGAAAUUGGGCUUACAGAAUUGAUAGAGUCUGUCGACUCCCAACGCCGUUCUCAGCAGGAUAACCAAGAUAGUCAAGAAGAUAACCAUUCCCAAGAAGAUGAUCAUUCCCAACGAGAUAUAGAUAGUAGUAAAGAGGACGAUCCCCUUGAACACCACCCCCAUAACGACGGUUUCCCUAAGGAGGCACCUCCUGGUCAUAAUCGUACUGGAGGAGGUCGGCCAAAGGAAGGCUCUCGUACGGGCGAGCCAAACGAAGGCUCUCGUACGGGCGAGCCAAAGGAAGGCUCUCGUACGGGCGAGCCAAAGGAAGGCUCUCGUACGGGCGAGCCAAAGGAAGGCUCUCGUGCUGAGGAGACAAUGAAUCAAAGGGGAUCCUCGCCUUCGGGUCCACGGUCUCCGAAGAGUCCCGGUGAGAGUGUUCGAAGCAGACAGCAAGGAGAGACCACUCGACCCAAUGACCCUGGAUCUAGGGGCUCUAGGGGCUCUGAGUCUAGGGGCUCUGAGUCUAGGGGCUCUGAGUCUAGGGGCUCUGAGUCUAGGGGCUCUGUGCCUAGGGACUCUGCGCCAGGAGGGUCCCAUAGUAGAGACUGUCGGGGUGUGUCCGUGGAGGGUAAUGAGGAAGCGAAGAAAGACACGUCGGAGGUGAAGCAGGAGGUUGAUAAGAAUGAGUCGGUACAAGAUAGGUCCGGCGAAGGCAAGAAUGAGGGAAGCCUUCCACAGUCUGACGCUGUGGGUGGUGUUAAUGAGCGGCUGUCCGAGCCGAAAAAACGCAGUGGCGAAGUAGUUAGCAAACAGGAUACGAAUUUAGACUAUUACUCAGAGGAGGCAAGUGGGGGUGAGGAGGGGUUGGUUACGGCUACCCAUUCGUCGCGGACGGCGAGCAACUCGGCUGUAGCUGCUGACAGACAGAUCGACAAGACGAAGGUUCGAACGAACAGGCGCCCUCGGUACUGUCUGUUGUGUCGGGAAAAGCAGGUGUGGGGCAAGUGCAAUGCAAUGUUGGACAGUGAGUCCAUGGCGGAGGUCCUAGGAGAUAUCUGGCAAGAGUUUUGCCAAGGUUGGUGGGAGCAGAAGCGACCGGCGGCGGCUCCGGAGGCUGGGGCGGAUCCGGAGUCAGACGCGGCUGAAAUAAUGCAGGGGGACAUCGAAACGAAGCAGCAAUCCAGUGCCGUAUCGAAGCCGUCGGGCUCGGAUGAUGGAGGGACAGGAGGGGACGCUGUGGAGAGCUCGCCGCAGGUUACGGACGAGCGUCUGACUGCGCCGCCGCCGUUGUCUCAGGUAGAGUUGCAGCAGCGACGCCGGCGUCGGAAGAACCGGAAGAAGAGACGUCGUGACACGGAUGAAGACGUCGAAAAGCGGAGACGUCGCGCCUCGGCCGACCAUGGUGGCCGCCGCGUCAUAUACGACCGCCGUAGAGGCAGCUACGACCGCGGUGGCCUACCACGUCGGAACAGUCAUGAUGGUGGCACGGACCACCGACUUGCCCCGGGCGACCGCAACUACCGUCCGCGGUACGGCCGAGGCUAUAACCCCAAAGGCGACUACCGCGGCGCAGGCCGCUACCGAGAGGAGGACAGUCGCUACCGCGACCCCGACAGCCGCUACCGCGCCGCCGACAGUCGCCACCGCGACACCGACAGUCGCGAUCGACGAGACGAGGGGCACCGCGACGAGGACUACCGAAAAGAUGGCGGCGGCUACCGAGAAGGUGGCGGCAGCUACCGAGAUGGCAGCCGAAACAACUACCAAGACGGAAGCCGAGGCGGCUACCGGGAUGGCAAUGGUGGUUACCGAGAUGGCAAUGGCAGCAGAAAUGGUGGUUACAGGAACGGCGGUGGAGGCUACCGGGACGAAGGGUACCGAGAUGGAGGCUACCGAAAUAGCGAUGGGAGUUACCGAGAUGACCCGAGUUAUCGGGACAGACGCUCUGGCUACCAAACAAACCCUUACGGCAACGGCAGUCGUUCUGCUUACCAGUCUCGCUAUGAUCAAGACCCCAACCGGUCGCGGACUUGGCGAAACGAAACGUCGCAACGGGACGACCCAGAUCGCGGCAGAGAAGACCGCUGGCGCGACCGCGGCCGAAACCGAGAGGACGGCUACCGAGCGGAGGCCGACAGGGAAUCGGGCCGACCCGCUGGUGACCGAGCAGGGGGCGGGCGGUAUCCGGAAGACCGGCGCCCACGUCGGACCAGCGACUACGGCGGCAAGCCUUAUCCACGCUGA